GUCGGAAAUCGGAAUCACUAUGGAUUUUCCUCCGACGAAGCUUGAUUAUCAUGUAGACAUGUUCAAUCUUCAAUCUCAAUCCAGAUUUCUCUCCUUAUUUAAGGCGCAAGAUGGACGCAUAGCUUUAAUACUGGAAUCGACGGUGUUUUAUCCACAAGGUGGUGGCCAGCCGUCAGACACCGGUUUAAUUGUUUUCUCCGGUUCGGAUUUCAAGUUUUCCGUUCAAGAUGUUCGAUCGAAAGACGGAAUUGUUCUCCAUUACGGUGUGUUCGAAGGUUCGAAUCCUGAAAGUGGAAUGGAUAUUGAGAAAGGGAAAGAAGUUUACUUGACUGUUGAUGAAUCAAGGCGUAAACUCAAUUCCAGGCAAGAUAAUAAAGUUGGGUUAGGACAUUUGGAGCCUGGAAAAGGGUACCAUUUUCCGGACGGUCCAUUUGUAGAAUACAAAGGAAGCGUUCCACAGGGUGAGAUGGCAGUGAAGCAGAAAGAGUUGGAGGCAGAAGCUAAUGAACUGAUAACCAAAGGAGGAAAGGUUUAUGUUGCUAUAUUACCCUAUGAAGAGGCAUCUGUGCUCUGUGGUGGCAAUCUUCCUGAUUAUAUUUCCAAGGGCAGCACUCCCCGGAUCAUAAAAUUAGGUGACAGCCCCGGGUGUCCGUGUGGUGGAACCCAUGUCUCCGAUUUAUCUGAUAUCAUAGCCAUGAAGGUCACACAGAUGAGAACAAAGAAAGGAAUGACGAAAGUUUUCUACACCAUUGCAUCUUGAUACUCUUAUGGGUUCCAGUUUCUAUACGGUAGAUAUACAAUAAGUCAAGGUUGUGUUUGGUGAACCUGCUCCUGUUUCUGCGGCUUGGUUCUAUUUGAAUCGAGCGGAUCUGCGACGUGGUUUCUUCGAUCUCUUUUCUCGGUUUGUUUCCACAUCUGCGUUGCCUUUUUACUCCAUGGUCUUUGAUUGAAUUUGCUAUGUCGGUUUGAGGCCGUUAGUUGUAGGUUUUCGUGGGUGUUUGUUAGGCCUCAUCGAUUGCAAAUGUCUUAUAAAGUUUUAGCAUUUGU